UUAAGUAUGGUUCAGUUUAAACGCGAAUUUAGAUGAUUUAGAGUGGGUGGAGGAGAACAGUACACCGACUAGUCCUUCCUAUUGUAACUAGUUUUGCUUUCGUACUUCUGCCACGGAAAGUGCAAUCAAGGAUUAAUAUUAGUUCGAGCCUAGUAGUGAUACGUUCGUGAUAGCCAUGGGUGUUUCUGCAUUGGUUGCGUGCAUGCUGCUAGUAAUAGGUGCAGUGAACUGCCAAGAAUAUCAAGAAUAUGAUAAUUCGCCACGAGCUGCACCGUCUCGUCUACGACCAGGCAAUGGCCCAGUUGACACCCGGCCAACUCCAGUUCCUAUCUUGAAGCAAAUCAAUAGACAUAACGAGGAUGGGUCGUACACUUAUGGAUACGAAGGCGCUGAUGGAUCCUUCAAAAUUGAAACAAAGUUGGCGACUGGUGAAGUAAAAGGCAAAUACGGGUACGUGGAUGAAAGCGGAAAAGUUCGUGUAGUUGAGUACGGUGCCAAUAAAUAUGGUUUCCAACCGGCGGGAGAAGGUAUUACGGUAGCUCCCCCAACUCUAGUUGAUGAAAGCACAAACAAGGAUGGUACUCAAGUUCUGGACUACGAAGACGAACCACGUCCAGCCCCUCCACAAAAGCCAUAUAUUGCUCGUGUUCAACGUCCCCAACCAGCACCACGCCCACAACCUCGUCCACAAUACGUUGAAUAUGAAGAUGAACCAGCACCACGUCAACAGUUUGCCCCAGCUCCUCGACCAAAAUUCAUCCCAGCUCCAGAACCAGCUCGCCCACAGUACAGUCAGGGCCCAGCCCCACCAAGGUUGCAAAUUCCUGGAGCUCAACCAGUUGGUGAUAUUGUUUACUCAGCUCAACCCCGCCCAGCUAGACCAGAUGCAGAGUACUCCCAGAGUCAGACUUUUGCAGCACCUCAACUUCAGUCCAGUCCAGUGAGACUUUCCAGACCAUCAUUCGCCCCCGCUCCAGAGCCUGCCCCAGCAGCUAGAGCUCAAUCCUUUGGUCCUCCAUCAAGACCCGUGCACGAGCCUCUGUCGUUCCCCUCGCCACGACCCACCCCACAAUACAGCCCACAGCUUUCACCUCAAGGUCGCAGUGGUGGUGUUUUGGACCAGCUGGCGAAAGAUUAUGCACUUCCCCAAGGAGGCGCUCAGCCGUUGCAUGAUAUCUCCUUUGGAUAUUAUUGAAGACUUGUAGAGUUAUAGAAAUCAUCUUUGAUGUAGUAGAUUUUCAUUUUUUCAUAACGCGCUGUAAAUUGAAAUGCAAUAAUUUCUCUUUUGUAAAUUUAUAAAUUACAUGUUGAUGUGAGACUACAUCUUCACAUAUUUUAUGUAUAUUUUUCGCCAUUAUGCAGAAUAAAACUAUUAUGUUAUUCUAAUCUUA